AAAGAAAUCUUCAGCAUCUUUCAUUUCACACUUUAUAUAUAAACAGCCCAACACCAUUAGAAACAGCAACCAACAUAAAACCUCUCCAUCUCUAUCUCUCUCUGCAAAGACUCAAACAAAACAAAUGGCUUUCUCUAGAUCCAUCGCCUUUUUUGCUGCCUUUCUGGUGGUGGUGCUACCCAUGGCUGCUUUGGCCUUCGAGUGGGACAACAUAGCUCCUUCUAUUGCCGCUGAGGUGUGCAAAGAAGUGGAGUGUGGAAGGGGAACCUGCAAAUUUGAUGUAGAGGAUCCAUUAGGCUUCACCUGCGAGUGUGAUGCUGGUUGGAAGCGAACCCGUGAGGGAGACGAUGACCUUAAGUUUCUCCCCUGUGUGAUUCCCAACUGUACACUUGACUACAGCUGCCAGCCAGCUCCACCUCCAGUUCCUGCUAAAGAAAUUCCACGCAACUUGUCGGCCUUUGACCCUUGCUACUGGGUUUACUGUGGAGAAGGUAACUGUGUAAGGAACGAAACAUAUGCACAUACACCUAUCUGUGAAUGCAAAUCAGGCUUCUACAAUCUUCUUAAUGUCUCAGCAUUCCCUUGCUACAAUGAAUGCACACUUCAACCCGACUGUAAAAGCCUUGGAAUUACGGUUGCUAAAUCAACUUCUACAGACAGUAAUCAAGCUACCUCGUUUUUGCCAGGAAAGUUGCAGUUGAUGACUAUGGCUAUGGUCUACGUGGGUAUGAUUCUGUGGAAGUAGGGUGGAAAGUGCUGUCACGAGA